UAUGUCAAUACUCUAAGUCGAUGUUUGGGAUACUCCAAUAUUUGUAUCGCUAGAUAUUCCGCAAUAUUUUGUGGCCUGAGUACAGUCGGCCUAGUCCUUCUCGUUCGCACUAACAAUUGUUCAGUUCCGCUUUCUUGUGAGCGGACGGAAAGUUGAAUCGCGCCAUCAAAGAGGGAAGGCGACCGACCGGCUUAUCCAUAUCGGGCUGUCAGAUUUGGUAACCUAAAACUUAAUCGUUGCUGAUGGCUGGCAAAACCAAGUCGGGAGAGUGGCUACAGCCCGUGGGGCCGUUGAAGCUUACGACCACACCCAGGCUGAGUAACAUCCUGUCGCAGGACCCAUCCGACUCACCGCCCGUCCCCGAUACCCCGAGAUCAAGGAUUCGAGACAACGAUACGGACUUUGUCAAGAUAGCAAAAGGCGGAGGACACAAAGAUCUUCUCGCUAUAACCGAUCACAAGCCCACUGCGACACCCAAACAAUACAAGAAGAAUGGGGGAGAUUGGUACACCACAGAGAAUAACAACAACGACCUACCGCAGACACCGCGCUCCAAAGUCAAACAGUCAGACACUGCCUUCCUGAAGACAGCAAAGGAGGGCGGUCACAAAGAUUUACUCGCCAUAGAGGAGCAUAAGCCGACACCUCGACCGGUAAAAGUGAAAAAGAACGGUGGGGACUGGUACCAGCACGAGAGCUUGAACUCCAGUCCCCGGCCUGUACAGACGCCAAGGUCACGUGCCAAACAGACAGACACGGGCUACAUCAAGACCGCAAAGGACGGCGGGCACAAAGAUUUAUUAGCAAUCAAAGAGCACAAGCCGUCUACUGCUGCUGUCGAAGUGGCGAAGCAGACGGGCAAAUGGUUCAAUGAUGAUACCGUAGAUAAUAAGGACACCUAUAAGAGAGAAAACUCGACACCAGCGAGUGCCCGUGUGCACAGAAACUAUAACAGACUGCAAAUAAAAAACGGAGACACGGACUUCAUCAAGACGGCCAAGCGAGGAGGCCAUUCGGACCUCCUAAAGAUGCCGGAGUCACCGCGCAAUUCCACUCCUGUGCGAUACCAGCGGAAAUGCGACUGGUUCUACUUAGAGGAAAACAAAAACACCCAGCCCCAAAGACCAAGAACGGCAUCUAGGUCGAGGACAAUGGAGAGUUCUGUGCUUUCACCGCGUAUGGAAGAGCUUGCUCGACCCAGAACCGCCUAUCGCGCAACCAACCCCAUCUGGGUGGGUGGAUCGGGACCCGAAGUACGGCCAUCUCCCGCGAGAAGACGUCUGACUAUGGACAGCGGUCUACCCCCUUACGCUCUACAUACUGCAUGACCAGACAGGAUUAAAGCAGGAAAUUAUUUUAAAAUCUUUUUAGAAGCUGGUUUUUAAUUUUGAUUCUAAUUAGGUUUUACUCGUAAAGCGACCUCUAUAAAAACUGUGAUUAAGAUAGACAGUGAACGCUAGUCUGAGAGUUCGCGACUUAAAUGGGUUAAUGUUGAGUGGGAAAUUUUAAAUAGAAAUCAGAAAUGAUAUGAACCUGUAACUAAAUUAAAGAGUUUAAUGAAAAUUUGAACGAUGUUUCCUGGCGUGAUUUGGAGUAGUUCGUGCAUUGUUUUGAUGAAGAAACAUUUUAAAAUAGCGUUCUUGUAUUAACUAUAGCUAUAGGAUAAUUUGUCUGACGUUCUUGUUUUAUGAAAGCUAGUAUAUAAAUGUAUAAAGUAAAGUGGUACUCUUUAUGAAGCCCAGUAAACUGGUCUGUGUCACAUUUCACCCACAAAGCUUGUAUCCUAGAUCGUCACGUAAUAUUCAAGCACGCCAGGAACUCUGGGUAUUCCUAUCACGCACAGGCAAACAAAUCAAUGAUAUUUAGAAAUGUUCUGUCCUAGAAGCAAAAAAAAUAUUUUGCAAUGUCAACUUUUCAAAUUGUUCAAUUUACUGUAGAUAGAAUAUUCGAAAUUAUGCUGCUAAUAAAUUUUAUGAAAACUGC